AUGUCAUUCCGCUUCUCGAAUAUGACUGGCUCCCCCUCCACCCCGGACCGAAACGCCAGGAAGGGCUCAACGGCGUUUGGGUACAGUGUAGAUCAUCCGUCCACGACGCCUGCUGGCCCUCCUCCGCCCUCUUCAGCCGGAUCCUUCACACCCGCCGGCGAUCCCUCUCCCUCCUUCUUGCAAAGCUCCAUUGGCGCAAUGACCGGCAAGCCGAAAGCCCCCAACUUCGGCCGACCAAACCUCCGAACCUCGGGGAAGUCAACCUCCAAAGGGAGCAACGCGCCGCUCGGUCGAUCUAUUCGAGGGUCUGGCGCCCGACAACCGUCAAGUCUCAGCAGGGAGUAUCACGCGGAAGAUGAAGAAGAGGAGGAUGAAGAAGACGAUAUGCCAGUCAAUCGCGCGGGGACGUUUACUAUGCCUUACGAUGAUACGACGGAGGGCGAAGAUACCGAAAUCGACAAUCAGGACGCGGCAGAAGACGAAUACGAAGACGAAUAUGAGGAAGAACAGGAUCACGAGGCUGAGGUGGAAGCUAUGAUGCAGGAUGAGAUCGAAUACGAUGUCGAGGAGGACCUACUCAGAGAGCUUGCGGGCGAAGAAACCUGCCCAGAGCCGUUUGGCGACGGCGACGAAGAUCUCAUGAUGCUUGCAACCCCAGCUGCGGACGCGCGAAUCAGAAGAGAAGCUGACGACUUAUUCCGGGCAUCCUCUAUGCGCUCUACAGCUGCUCCCAAGCGAGAGUUCAAGUACGCAACACUUGCAAAGGAUCUCUAUGGUCAGGGGGACUUCGCAGAGGUCCUCGAGCCCGACCAUGUCAUACUUCAGACAGAGGCCGUUGUCGCCAGGCUUUACGACGAGGGAGUCGGUUCGGAGGACGAUGAGGAGAGAUUGGACAACACGUUGUCGCAAGCCUGCGUCAGACUGGUCAAUAACAUUUGGACACCGCACACGGACAGCCUGCCCAAAGCUCACGAAGAGCACGCCGCCAAGGUAGGGCCGAGCUCGCAUGCACCGACGUUCGAGAAAGCCAUGUUCCUGGCCAACCUUAUACUCCGCAUACACCAUACGCCGCCACUGCGGGACGCCUUUGGAGGAUCCAGAGACCUGGCGCUUCCAGCAGUUCUCUUCCAAUGGCAGGCGGAUGAACACAAUAUUGAUGGUGACCAAAUGGGUAUCAUCUCGCGCCAUCCACCAGCGCCUGCCACCCACGCCUUGUUUUGGCAAGCCGUCUUCAAUGCCCUUAUUCGGGGUAAUGUGGGCGGAUCGGCCAAACUGCUGAGAAAUGCUGGUUGGGAGGCUGUCAAGAAGUCUCCUCGAGGUGAAUCAUCGUACAGUGGCCAGGCAUUGGCAAACAUCAGACGUGUCAUUGAGGAUCUGUGUCAGGUCAUGGAGAUAUGUCCUUCGGUUGCCAGCAAGAGCUGGGAUAUCCACAGCAGCGACUGGACCCUAUUUCGUCUGAAAGCUAAAGCGGCCAAGGAAGCUCUUAUCAGUUUCUCCGAAGGCAAAGAUCGAUCACAAAUGGCACUUACCCGUUCCAAAGAGUCGGACUUUGGCGACUCUUCCAAUAGCAGACCGUCGCUCGCUGGCCUGGCACGGAAAGCCGAGAGUCAAAUUCCCUGGGAGAUAUACGAGAACCUGCAAUCGCUCUAUGCAAUCCUUAUUGGAGAGCCAGAUGCUAUACUUGCCGCUGCUCAGGACUGGUGCGAGGCGACCAUCGGGUUGUUUGGGUGGUGGGACGACGGCCAUAAUAAGCGGGAUGGUGCAUUAUCACACUCGAGGUCGCUACGAAUCACGAAUCAACCUACCGGAAGUAAGGACUUUUUUGAGCGCAUGGCAUUGUCGCUUCAGACGGUGACGGAGUCUGACUUCCAUUUCGACACCUCCGAUCCGGUUGAAGUGGGCGUCGCUUGUGCCUUCGAAGGCAAUGUUGAGGGCGUAAUCGGAUUUCUUCGACUAUGGUCUCUUCCUGUGGCCUCAACAGUAGCCGAAAUUGCGUCUCUUGGACGCUGGCUUCCUGCUCCCGAACCACAGAACCUUAUCAGCAUGAGCGAGUUCGACAAGGAAGACUUGGACUUGCUGGGCAUUAACCAAAGCAGUGCGCCCGAUGAGAAGGACGGGAUCAAAGAUACCACAUUGAUCCACUAUGCCCAGAGCCUCAGAAGUCGCAAGCACAUUUCCGGCACCACUUUGCGCGGCAAGGCUGAUAAAGAGGGCUGGGAGCUAGCUGUUCAGGUUGUUGGGCGGAUGGACUCCCCUGAACGAUCAGAGCAAAUGGUGCAAGACUUGCUGCAAAAUGUCCUCAAGACUCUCAAUGAGGAUUCCCGUGACACUGCUGACAAGAUCUGGAGACUCUUGAACGAACUCGGUAUGAUCAACUUCGCCGAGGACACAGCAGAGACAUUUGGCGAUAUACUAGCAAGAGACACCUUCCGCUUUGGCGAGACCCUCUGGUAUUACGCUUUAGCACACCGCCCUGGGAAGGUCCGAGACGUUCUCAAUACCCUGAUGUCCAUCUCCUUGGUGGAAUCUACCACCUAUCCUCCAGACAGAGAGCUGGAUGACUCCCUCCGGGGGCUUCUGAAGGAACGAACCACAACCUUGGAACAAUUCGCGAAGCAAGAUCUCGAAGCAGCAGAACUACUCGGCAAGAUGCUCAGUGGAUAUGCGACGCUGAGGAACUUCUAUGAGCUCCGUGAUGGAGACGGAAAAUCAAAUCAGAGAUCAGUGUCGCGCCGACAACAAGCUGCGACGGCUUUGACCGCCGUGAUCGCUAGCGCCGACGACAAUAUCCGAGGUGGCCUAUAUGAUGAUACGCGUGACGCAGUUGUCAGCGAGGAUUUCCUACUCGCACUGCUGGGCGAGGCGUCCGUUUUCGUCGGCCAAUCACCACCUGUAGUCAGUCUCGAGCAGAUCGAUACCCUUUUAAAGGCCACUGAGGAUAUUCAGACCGUAGGAAGCAGGGUGUAUGCGGCAGCUGACGAGUUCUUCAAGCUAGUCCUAGCCUCGGGGCAAGGGAAAGGAUCCACACCAGCAAGCCUGUUGGGCCAGUCGACCUCCUCUCUGGGUGGAAGCUUCAUGAUGACAGGGAGCUCAAUGAUCGCGUCACAGCUCCACCAGUCCGUGGUGAAGAGCGGCAUGAUCAAGGGCAAUGUCAAGCGGGCGUGGGACUGGAGAGCCAAGCUCUUCGCGGGCAGCAGCUCUGCCGACGUGCUGAAACAGAUUCGACUGGGCUUGACGAGGGAUCUGGCCAACCUGUGGCUGGAGCAGGCGGACAGUGUCAUAUUGUAG